AUGGAUCGUCUCCUCCAGACGAUGGAGGAGGCGGUGGAGCCGGCUUUUCAACGCGUUGAGGCGGCCUCGGUGCUUUCCCCCACAGGGGAAGGUUCGAGUUCGGCUUCAGGGGUGCUACAAAGUGCGGAUAUCACCCGCUACCUCGCCUUCCAACACGCGAUUGCCGUCUAUGAUGAGAUGAUGGGGCUCCAGAGCAAGCUGGAGGGGGCGGUGGGGCGGCAUCGUCAGGACUUCGAGGAAACACGCGGGCAGGGUGAGGUAAGUCGGGUGAUGGGGCUGGUGGCCGGGCAGCUGUCCGCGUUGGAUUCCUGUAGUGAGCUCGCGGCGGCGUUGGAGACGGAGCUUGAAAAACUUCUGGGGUCCUCCUAA